AUGAGUCGGACAGGGAGAGCCGUGGUCGCGUGCGGCAAAGAUUUUGAAAUUCGUGAAUAUCCGGUCCCCGAACCUGAACCGAACACAAUGCUGCUCCGUCAGGAGUUAGCAGGUAUCUGCGGAACUGAUCUGCACAACUGGCAGAACGGCUUCCAACAGGAAGUGUUACUCGGACAUGAAAACGUCGGUAUUAUUGAAGCGAUUGGUGAAGGUGUGGAAACCGAUUAUGUGGGUAAACCGGUUAAAGAGGGGGACAGGGUCAUCUUCGCACCCGGAACAAACUACGGUGCUUACGGUUUCCAGUGGAAUCCAGAUGAGGCACCACAUUUUCGUGGCGGGUUUGCGGAUUAUAUGUAUCUCAACUACCCAAAUACUUGCUUUAUGAAAACCGAUGCGUCGCCUGAGGUAGCAGUGCUCACAGAGCCGUUCACUAUCGGCGUUCACGCCGCGAUGCGGGGUGAAAUAAAACUCGGUGACACCGUCGUUGUGCAGGGUUCGGGUGCUAUUGGGCUCGUGACGCUUGCCUGUGCGAAAUUGAGCGGUGCCGCAAAAGCGAUUAUGGUCGGCGGACCCGCCGGAAGAUUGGAACUCGCGAAACGACUUGGAGCCGACGUAACGAUUAACAUUGAGGAAGUUACCACUGCCGAGGAGCGGACGGAACUCGUGAAAGCGGAAACUCCCCGUAAAGAGGGGGCAGAUGUCGUCUUUGAAUGUGCUGGUUUCCUUCCGGCAACGCCAGAAGGUUUGGGUUACACGCGGCGCAGCGGGACUUUUGUUGAAGUCGGUCACUUCGUUGAUAUGGGUUCAAUCGACUUCAAUAUCAACCAAUUGUUGAUGCGCAAAAACCUUCGCGUCGAGGCUAUUUGGGGAAGCAGUUAUGAGCACUUUGUCCGUGGCUUACCACUCCUUGAACAGAGCGAUUUGCCAUUUGCCGACAUGAUUAGCCAUCAACUGCCACUCUCACAGGUCGGGGACGGAUUUAAGGCACUUAACGGCGACUAUCGUAUUAAAGGUGAAACGGCGAUUAAGAUCGCGAUUCGAGCGGAAGAGUAG